CAUGGUCAACCUUCACUAGUCAAAUCACCUUGUAGAUAAUCACUACUCAAGGGUCCAGAGUAUCAGUGAAGGAUACCUUGUUGAGAUCAGCAAAGGUACGUUCCCAAACUUUAUUGUUAACCCUUUACUCAGAAGUUUACUUCAGUACCAACAAUAAAUAUGGGCACCAUGGAACAAAGGCCAUUGAGGUCACACAUAAUUUACUGUGUGGAUUGCAAUGUAACUUACAAGCUGGUACAUCAGGAGAAGGAUGACUGUGUGGUGUGUAGGGAACAUGGUGGGGCAGAUUUUCCAGGAGGAAAUCAAGUGUCCCAAUGGUGUCAACAGGAAUGUGCUGGUGGAAGAAACUGACAAGAGGGUCUACCCACCACCACCAUGUUCAGGGGCCACCUGUCCCAAAGAAGUAGCUCAAAUUUGUCCACCAACUGCACCAUGUGACAGGGGAGGUGCAGCCAGGGUGUGUCCAGUCAACAAAACCAAGAAGGACCACAGGCAUUCUGGUGGUAUACCCAUCCCAGUGCUUCAUGAGCUAACUGAGCAAAACCCCAACCAUUUGGAAGGCCCAGUGUUUUUGGCUGAAAAAUUGGUGUUUUUAUGCAAUGAAGUGGAGGAGAUGUGUGACCCCUUAGAGGUGGCUUGUGAGACCACCAGCAUUCAUUGGCCUUUGCAUUUUACUGAAGGAACCCAAACUGAACCCAUUGACGUCAUUCCUCUGCCAGUAUGCAGUGACUGUGUCACUGAAUUAAGAGGUUCUAAUGAUUGCAUGCUCUUCGACGAAGCGCUCAACGUGGUGUCAGUAGGGCGACAGCUAACGGUGGAGGAGUGCGUUUCUCCGACGUGCGAGUUGAUCGAGGUGGCGCGCGAGUGCACCAGUGUUCAUCGUCCACCGUUGACUGACAGUUUUGCUCAGACUGAUCCUGUACGCACGAUCCCGCGACCAGUUGCUACCGAAUGCACAGAGGUCGUUACUGGUAUCGAACGGCAGCGCAUUGAUGCAACUCAUGAUAAGGUGAUAGUGCACACCGAUCGCGUGUGUUACGAUGCUGACACGGGUUGUGAGCGGCUUUUGUCGCGGAGUGGUCAAGUGAUCAUGCGGCCGCCGCAAGAGGUCGCCAGGGUCUCACUGCCGGACAGAGUGGUCAUUGAGGAGCGAGCGUCGAAUGUCGGAGACGAAGUUGAUACGAGUGAAAUCACGCGGACUAGAAGAUCUACGAGAUCGUCUUCACCAUCUGGACGCCGCACACCUUCAACAUGAAUUUUAAUUUUAUGCACUGUACUCGAAUCGCUGGAUGCAUGAGUUUGAGCUCUGUCAUAAAGUGUGUGGCUCUUUCUGUCCGGGUGCUAGGAUUGCAGACGGCCGCUUCCAUGUUUGCGGUGCCCAGUUGUAUGAUCAGGAUGUAUUAAAAAAUAUUUCUGAUCAACAGCUAAUCAAAA